ACACCCUGUAUAUAUAUAUAUAUAGAAUCACAGGGCUGCAGGUUCGAUUCCUGCUAGGGACCUAAAAGUGCAUUUUUAGCAGCUGUUCCUGGCAACUGCCACCCCCCACCUUUAGAAAACCAUGGAAAUUCAGGCAAAUGCUAGGAAAAAAUCAAAAAUAUGUUAAAUUCAGGUUAUUUCAUUACAAUCCUCCAUAAAAAUUCGGGCACAUUUUCAGCUGUCCCCCCCCCCUGCCUAUACAGUAUAUGCAGGGCCGUAGCUAGAACAAUAAUUGGGGGGGGGUGUAUAUUCAUAUAUUCGUGUUCUGCCCGACGGAUUUCUUUUGAAAUCGAUUGUUUUUACGGUAUGUAAACAUGAAUAUAUGAAUAUACACCCCCCCAAUUAUCAUGUCUAGCUACGACCCUGAGUAUAUGCCAGCAAGUCAGAUCCUAGACCCUCAAUAACUUAUGGCUCUGCCGAUCUACAGCCUACAGGACCUUCCCAUUGCACUAUUGACCAUGGGUCCGAGAAUAGGUCUUCAACAAUUCACAUGCAAAAUAUUUCCCACAGUUAAAUCGGUGAAAUCGCUUUUUUUAAAUAUGUCUAAUAUUAUAUACAUACUGUCACUGGAAUGCCUUGUCUUAAUAGCUCUGAUCCAAGACCUCCAUCCAAAAUAUGGAAUUCAGAAAACAUAGCUCAUUUUAAUGAAAUCAAUUAUGUAGUAUACAACUUUAUAUUUAAAACAAAAUAAAUUUGUUUUUCUCAUUAAAUACCCGAAUACAUAUCAUAGGAUAACAACAAACAAUGCAGCCCACUCAAGACUUUAGGUGACUAUAAAUGCGAGUCUUUUUGUUCUGUGCCUGCCUUGAAUAAUGUGACGUAAUGUUUCGAGAAGCCCUGGAAAGCCCCUUAAAAUAUCCCCAGGGACAAACGCCUCGCAGUUUCGGUUUCGAAAGGUUGUUUAUGAUAUUGAUUUGGCAGUGCAUUUGGUAGCGGCAUUCGAAAGCGAUUCUUGCUGACCCAGAAAUGUUGCGAAGGCGUAUGAAGGAAGAAAGAUAUAACUAUACCACAUAGAGAUUUUGAUGAAAGCAUAAAACCACAUCAGCAAACGCACUUCCGUCUUUGAAAAUCUGUACUCGCUUCGUUCUAAGAAUUUUUGAAGAAAAUUUUGUAUACAAGCUCAUUGACGUUGUUUUAUAAUGAAUUGAUGACGAGACAGCGAGUAUUGGGUGUUUUCUGAUUCCGUUAUGGAUAAAGACCAAUCUCUACAACCAGAAACUGAGAGUUAUGAAUUUGUAAACGAAAGAGACGCUCAAGUUAGUAUCAGAUCGGAUUCGUCUGCUUCGACUGACGCAGGAAUUCCACUCAGUGAUGCAGAAAAGGCUUUGGCAGACCGUGUACGUCAUUUGCAACAAGAAAAUAAAGAAUUAAGAAACGUUGUAGACAAUUAUCAGAAAGCAUUACAGGUAAAGAUAUUUUAAUAGCAAUAAAAAUUUACUGAUUUAGUUAUAUUCCAGAUAGUGUUCAGUUCCACAUAUUUCUUAAUGCAUUGCGACUUAAAAUGUUUACAGAAACUAAGCAGAUAGUCCGCAGAAAAUUUUCUCUUUUAUUACAUUAACUGCAAAUUUAUUAUAUAAUAUGCAAAGCGGAGGCUGGACAAGCUUUCAUUGGCAGGGGAACGACAAAACGCGGACCCCAGGUCUGUGGACUACCUUUGUGGACCUGAUCCGUGCCGGGGGUUGACAAAACGUGGACCCCCCUUCUGGAUCCCUUUCUGGACCCCAUUCUGGAUACCUUUCUGGACUUUUAAAAACCAAAAGAAAACAUGCAAAUUAAGAAAACAUUACAUACGCAGCUGUAAGCAGUCCGUCCCCAACCCGCAUUUGUUGAGAUGGCUUCAGCAGUGACCCAUAAUUCGGCCACAAGACAUGGCUUAUUCGCAAUAAAUUGUAAGCCAAUAUUUGUUGACAUUUUUUGCUGUAAAUGCAGCGAGGUAAAUUGCUGAUUUAUAGCAACCCGACACUACAUUGACAAUGUCAUUACACAGUAUUUUACAAGGUCACAAAAACAACAUGCAGUUUAUUGAAAGUACUUGUCCCUAUUCAAAAGAACAUGAAACAAGAAAACCAGUGCAGUAAGGUAUUUCUAAUUGGAAUAACUACGUUGCCCAGCAUUAUGCCCUAGAUUAUACGAGAUUAUAUAAUGUAUCGAUCAAUUCGCAACAUCGCCAUCCCCCCCCGGGCAUUUGACUUCAAGGUGUCUCCUGGGAGUAGGGAAUUGGACAUUUUGAAGCAAGAUGAAGUGCCUUCCUAUGAUGAUGCAAUUGCCGCUGACUGAAAUGAUCAGGACAUUGAACAGGAUUGAGGAUUCAGAAAGUCGAAAAAAGCUAAAUGAAUUUAAUCGAUCAUCAUGAUAUUGAAAUCCAAAUAGUUGUGCCCUACAAUCUGGUCUGUUGGUUUUUAAAAGGUCAAGAAUGGGAUCCAGAUUGGGGUCCAGAUUAGGGGUCCAGAAAGGGGUGGUCCACGUUUUGUCAACCCCCAUCUGUGCCAGGGUGCAUUUUAAGUGUUAUACGCUGAUCUUCGAUGUGGAUUUCAAAAGUUAUUGGCAUACUGGCGUUUGGUGAAUACUGUUUGCGUAUGGCUCAUUGGCGUAAAUCGGUGAAUGACGUUCUUGGCAUGUUUUAAACUUUUAAUUACUGAUCUCAGCAACUAUCUUUCGCUACUUUUGUCCAAAUUUGAUUCCGGACUUGUUAAAUCAGACAAAAGGCACAAAUAAGUGAAUAACGAUAAAUUACGACAGUUAUGUAAUAAGAUGUUCUUUCGAGAGUCGAAAUGAACGCUUUGUGAUACUGUCAUAUUAAUUAAAAAGUACAUUCUAAAGCUUGGCGUGUAAUUUCAAUGUCAGUGGUGGAAUUUGAACUUUUUCUCAUGUCUUGGCAUGACCUUGUUCGAGUACCGGCAUAUCUUCGGCGUGGCCUUAACAUAAAAUGCACCCUGGGGUGGCCUUAACAUAAAAUGCUACACUUGUGGACCACUCACGAAAUUUUGCCAACCAGACAAUGCACCGAGCACUAUUAACCCAAGUUUAGGAAGCCGAGAUUUGCAGGAACCACAAUCAUUCGAAGUGCAACACAAUUUAUUAUUCAUUUCAUUCCACAAUCCAUUCAAUUUUCCUUGAUGUACUGUGAAUACUAAUUCAGUAAAAAUCUGAAAAAAUUUGGUUCAUGAAAAAAUAUAGGAACAUUUUGGAGAAUCUGGAGUUGCGGUGGGGGGUAUUCAAAGGAUUUCACUGAAUUAUAAUUAAACAAAAUUACUUGAACUGUAGAAGUUGUAAAUUGCAAUGACGUUUCAAUGCCUGCAGGUCCUCUCCCAAAAAUAUUUAUUUUGAAGCUCGAUUACUGUUUUUCUUGCAUUUUCUGUAGCGAUCGAAAAGAAAAAAACUACUAAUUUUAAGGGCAUAUAUUCGGAAACUUUGCAUUAAAGUCUUAAUUGUACAGCUUAUGUUUUAGAAUGGUCAUAUUGUGAAUGGAUUUAGAACUUCACAUUUUGAGUUUCCACAAUGAUAAUGACAGAACUCGACUCAUGCACAUUUUUCCAUGCACAGUCAAGAAUUCAAUCUGAAUGCAAACCACCAAAAUUUGGUGUUUUGCAAGUGGUCCACAAGAAUGGUUUGUGAGAGUGGUCCACGAGUGUAGUCCACAGGCCUGGGGUCCGUGCCACGGACCUGGGGUCCACGUUUUGUUGUUUCCCCGUUGGUAGGGAUGCAACUACCGGUACCUGAAAAAAUCGUUGGCAGGGAUGCAACUACCCAGGCUGCAUUCCAUGUAAACCACAGAGGUGAAGUUGAACCCCGGCCCAAGCCAUUGCAGGCACCACUUGAAUGACUUGUCAUUAGCCUUUGAGUUAAAAAUAUAAACUUAAAAGUGAUGAGUGACUGAGUUUCGAAAUAUAACCGACUCGACCCUGUAGCUCAUUUGGUAGAUUGAACGUCUAGCAAACCAAAGGAGAGGGUUUGAUUCCCACUGCAGUCAAGCAAACUUUUCAGCUUUCCCAGUGUGGUCACACUCAGAGCAACAUCACAAACAUACAGUACUUCUUCCAGGGAUAUUUUCAAGCACAUAGGCCCUGUUUACACUAUACCGGAUUACUUUUCAUACCGGAUUAAUUUUUACUCCGAAGUAAAAAAUCAAGGGUGUUUACACUAUGCCGCUUCACUCUGUUGCCAGCUCAUGUCUUUCACUGUCGCCAUGGAAACAAGUAGCCAAUAUACCAAAAUUUAUUAAAAACAAGAAGUAAUAUUCGUUUUCUUUGUAAAGUAUAACUUUGUUUAAAAAUCUUGACUGCCAGACGUUGCUUUGUUUCGCUCUAAUCCAAAAUUUCAGAGUAUUUCUUUAAAUUUUGCUCUUUCAAAAGCGAAAAGUCAAUGUUAUUAUCGUUUUCUUUACAUGUAUUCGGCAGAAUAAAACAUACAAGCCAAAACCGAUUUUGUACCGAAGCGUACCGGAUUAGCCUGUUUACACUGCUCCGGCACAUCACAGAGUGAUUUUUGCUCCGCGUCGCAUACCGGAUUACUGUGGCAUAGUGUAAACAGCAGCCGAAUCCGGUAUGAAAAUCGCUACACUCCAAUGCAAUCCGGUAUAGUGUAAACGGGGCCUUAGGCUACUACCAUUUUUCAGAAGAAGAUUGAGUUUCUUUGGGGGACGUUAAAAAAUUUUGUGUUCAGGGGCGCACAUUCCAAAAUAUUUUGGAGAGAUGUAAAAUAUUUCGGGACCAACUUUUUACAUGUUUACAUUUUGGAAGUGGGAGUUGCACGAGGCGCCACCAUGGUUGGCGCGGAGUGGAAAAAUUUUGAAACUUUGAAGUAUCUAAAUCAUCAGAAAUGGCAUUUUCAAAGUCUCGUUUGGCCAUCAGCUAGCUAGCUGUAGAGAACAGAAAGAAAGUUGAUAAUGGAACAUUUACAUUAAAAAAUAAAUAAAAUUGUGAAAAAAAAUGAGUUCAAAACUCAAUUAAAACUCAAUUGAAGAUUGAGUAUUUACUACUGUAUACCGGUAGUAGAAAAGUGCUUGAAAAUAUCCCUGUUCUUCUCCUGAGUGCACAAUAGAGAUGUGCAUCGGAUUGGAUUGGACGUUUAUAAUCCGACAAUUGGCUAAUGUUUAAAAUCCGAUCCGAAAUUGUCUAAUCCAAAUCCGAUCCGAGUUUUGAUAAAGAAUUCCGAUCCAAUCCAAAGAAUCCUUUAAUAAAAUAAAUUUCUCAUUCAAGUGGAAAUGUUUAACCAAAUAAAUAUAAAAGCAAGAAAUACAUGUCAAGAAGCUGACAAAGUGAUGUCCCAAUUGAAGUAUCAAACGAAUAAUGCAGCGACAACCAUGUUGUCGUGGAUAAUUAAUUCAUUUUAUUUCGAAUAUCGAAGUCCGAUCCGACUACAAAACAACUUUAUCAAUCCGAUCCAAUCCAAAAUGAAUAUUUUUGUUCCGAAAUCUGAAUGAAUCGGAUUGGAUUCGGAUUGGAUUUGCACACCUCUAGUGCACAAUACCAUCAGGACCAAAAAUAUUCAAUAUUUGUUUUUUUAUACAGCUAAUUCAAUUGAGGUUGUCCUACCAAAAACUUAAACCUUAAACUCUGAACGUGCAAGGGAUGAUAGGUUUUCACCUAUUAGGCCCUUAAACUCAGAGAAUUGCCUUUGCAGCAAAUGUGUUUUCUGUCGUGAGUUUUCUCAUGUCUUAGGUAUUCUUGCAAAGCCAAAUUUCAAAGUUUAUGAGUCUAAAUAAACAAUAACCCAUCAUCCUUUGCACGCUAAGAGUUUAAGGUUUACAUUUUUGCAAGGACAACCUUAAUUGAAUUAGCUGUAUAUCGAUAUACUGCAAAUAUAGCAAUAUGUUUGAUAUUUUCAGUAUUGAGCAUGCAAAACAGCUCUUCGAUAAAACUUUUUGACAUUUAUAGAAAUUUGUUCUCGGAAUAAGUACUCUCGACUGUGCUGCAUAAAAAACGGUAAUCGUUCCAUGUUUCGCGCACCAAUAUAGUAAACGUUAUGUGAUGGAUAUUAUAGUGUUCUGAAAAGUUCACUAGAUACCUCCAUACACAUAUAACACACCCUAAACCUAACCCCUAACCUAACCCCUAAUACCUACUAACCCCUAACCCUAACCUAAUUGGUGCACGAAACAUGGAAUGAUAACCUAAAAAACUAACAGUCAACUCUCGGUUGCGGGCACCCCGUUGUUACGGACACCCCAUUAUUACGGACACCCCCAUUAUUACGGACACCCCAUUAUUACGGACACCCCAUUAUUACGGACACCCCAGUUAUUACGGACACCCCGUUUUUACGGGCACCCCAUUAUUGCGGACACCCCAUUAUUACGGACACCCCAUUAUUACGGACACCCCAUUAUUACGGACACCCCAUUAUUACGGACACCCCGUUAUUACGGACACCCCGUUAUUACGGACACCCCGUUAUUACGGACACCCCAUUAUUACGGACACCCCAUUAUUACGGGCACCCCAUUAUUACGGACGCCCCAUUAUUACGGACGCCCCAUUAUUACGGACACCCCAUUAUUACGGGCACCCCAUUAUUACGGGCACCCCAUUAUUACGGACACCCCAUUAUUACGGGCACCCCAUUAUUACGGACACCCCAUUAUUACGAACACCCCAUUAUUACGGACACUCCAUUAUUACGGACACCCCAUUAUUACGGACACCCACUAUAAAGGCAGUUGGUAAAUCCCCGGCUGAAACUACUGUAUGAAAUGUAUUGAAAUAACUCUUGCUAUUACGGACUCUCCCUAUUAUGGACACUUCAUGUCGUCCCAAACAAACAUGUUAUUGUUCUAUUUUAAAAAGAACAAAACAAUAGACACUCCGAAAAUAGUUAACAUUUUAUUCAACGUUUCGACUAGGUUUCAGUCAUCAUCAGGAAUGACGCUAUUGAAAAAUACCAAGAUAUAUAUUUACAAGUUAAGCGGAUCAAAUUACGCGCUAAUUAAAGAUCACAAGUUCUUUAGAGGCUUUAGUUCCGUGAUUAAGUUCCGGUUUUUGACGAUGUAUAUGUAAAGACUCCUUGUAUAACAAUAAUGACCAAUGUUUAGAUUUAUCUAUAAUAGUACAGUUUUUGGUAUAUGAUGACUUCUGUGGUAUGUGGAUCAAACUGAUCUAGUAGUGUGUUAGGUAGGUUAAGUAGGGUCUGGAAAUAUUGAAAAUGUUCACAUGACGUAAUAUGUUUGUGAACUUCUGAGUUUUUGUCGGAGGAGUGUUCUUUAAUCCUUGUUCUGAGGCAGCGGUCAGUUUUUCCGAUGUACGACAAUUGACAGCCAGGACAGCUAAAUUUGUAUACAACACUACUUUGGAGUUCUUUAUCCGUUCGGUCUUUUAGGCGUUGUCCUAACACGCGGGUCAGAUCAUGUACGUAUCCCUAUAGUAAUCUGACCGCGCGUAAACAAUGCAGUCGGGGACUGAGUAGUAGUAUGAUUUUAUUGAACAGAAAUGAAUUAAUACCACUGAUUGUUGGGCUACUAUGCAUUUACAUCCACAAUCAUAUCUAUAAAAAAUCAGACAAAACAUAAUCAUUACAGUAUAAUUUGUAUUAGGUAAUGUUUUAUACUGUAUAUUGUAUGUCCUAACAUGUCAAUAUUAGUCAAAUUAAUUUGAGACCAAAGGUACCACCUGUACAGGGUUCGUAGCGGUCUUUGAAAUCCUUGAAAGUCUUUAAAUUGGAAUGCAAGUCUUUGAGGUCUUUGAAAAGUCUUUAAAUUGUGUGAAAAAGCGAAGAAGUCUUUAAAAGUCUUUGAAUUCUUUAGUGAGUAUUUGAUUAUACGAUUCCCUAGCUAAUAAAAUAGAUUGAUUGAAGCAAGAUUUUCGCAAAUAUCGACGAAAAGGCGCAUUUUAGGAUGUGAUUUGACGGGACUAAUUACUGGGUAAAAAUGGUGCUUACACUCGCAAUUUUUCGACAGCUGAUUGCCCUCAAAGGUCUUUGAAGAGUCUUUGAAAAUAGGCAGAAAAAUCUUUGAAAGUCUUUGAAUUUUUUUGGUCUUGGAGACUACGAACCCUGCUGUACCAUAAUCCAUUGAGGUAAAAUUUAUUGACAGUUUACUGUAUGUUGUAAUGUGAAAUUAUGUGUUUUUCUUGUCUAGUUGUACCAAGAAAGCCUGAACAAGGCAAUAGCUCGAGAAGGAGAGAUACUCUCUGACACACAGAAAAAGUACAAUCAGGCCAAAUCAAAGGUUGAGAGGCAAAAUGAGAAAAUUUCAAAUCUUGAAAAAGAACUUCAAGAGGAGAAAAAUAAACAUUCUAAACAUGAAGAAGUAAUCUUGGAUGAAAAACAGCAGAAUGAAAAGAAUGAUUGUGAAAAGGUGGAUGUUUCAGAGAAAAAUAAUUUUGAAGAAAACGUCAGCAGUUUGCAUCAAUUAGUUGGCACACUUUCUGUGUUAAUUCCUGAUGAGUAUAAAGUAAGUAUAAUAUUUCUAAAAAAACAACUGUAGCUUUAAAAUUCAAGGAGAACUUCAACAUAUUGCGCAAUACAUUAGAUUGCAACUAAUGUGUGUCUAUAGUGUGUUUACUGUAUAAGACAGCUACAGUAUUCAGGAGAUUAGUGAUAGUCAAAACUAACCCUAAAUAUGAUUUUUAUUAAUGUCUAAUAUGUAGCUAUUCUAAAAAGAACGUGUACAAUAGUAUAUUUUCAUUGGAAAGACCUCAUCUUCGUUGACGUUUUCACUGUAGAAGAUAUGAUGUCAUUAAAUGAACUCAUUACUGCUAAAAUUCAUGUAAUGACAUCUUAUCCUACAAUCAUAUCUUCAAAUCUAUCACAUCUUCAGUACAAAGAUACAUUGCAUCAACACACACCACAUAUUUGAGGUGUGUGGUACAUUAUGUGUUCCUCCAUCCAUUGAAACCUGAAAGUUGUUCCCGCAUUUUAUAUGAACUGCCUUAUAAUUCCACACUAACCAUUUUUGUAUCCCGCUAUUUUUUAUAUUUUGAUAUAGAAAUUUGCAUUUUUGGAUCGUUUUUGACCAUCUACAUACUACUCAUUAGUUCGUAGAAACGAUCAUAUGUUUUUAUUAUUUAAAAUUAGCCUUUCGCAUGCUUAAUUAAUGCCUUUACCUAAUUUGCAUAUUGCUGACAUAUGCAAAUUAGGCAAAGGCAUUAAUUAAGCAUGCAAAUAGCUGAUUUUUAGGAAAAAAUGUAAGGUUGCGUGAAUAGUUAAAGGGCUUAAACUAAAGCAAAUUGUCUGAAAUUUUGUACAGUAAUUAAAAACCCAACAAAUUUUCCAUCUAUUAUCUCAAAAUAUGAUUAAAGCUUUUAAAUUUCGUGCGCAAGCCAUUUUUAGUUUGUUGGAAAAGACACACCCCCUGGUUCACAAAAUUUGAGUUCGAGAACUUUUUUCAUUCUACAUUUAUUUAUAAGUGAACAAAGAAGCUAUAUACAUAAAAAAAAAACUGGAUACUAAUGGCUGUUUUGCGAAAUUGAGAGCGAUUUCAAAUCUGUUCAGUUUUUUUUAUACACCCUGUAUAGCAGACUUAUAGCCGUAUCUUCGCUCGGAAGAGAUAAGUCGCGUAAAGUAGAUAGAUUUAUUACGCGGGCGCAUGGAUUUGCGGGCAAACGUUUCCAUAAGAAUUUAGAUUUAAAACACAUUUAUUUCUUCAAAACGUUUUACAAAAUUUAGUGUGGUCUACUUCUAAGAGCGUAACAUUUAGGUGUUUUUGUUAUCUUUAAAGAGUUCUCACAUUCUUGUCUGUCUUUAGUCGAUAACUUUGCAAUUUUCUUCGGUUUUAUUGGAAUAUGUUUUGGUCGGUCUCUUAGUAUAAAACGUUUUCAUAAUCCUCUCUUGCUUCCGGAGUCAUUCGUGCUAGGUCACGUUUGGUCCAAUCUGCUGGGUCGAUCCAAUUGUGGAAAAAGUUGCGCUUGAGUUUUGAAAGUCACUCCUGUUCUGUUGGUGGCGGUGUAAGGAAAUUAGGUUUAGGAGUAGUGGGCACUGGUGGUGUUAUCCCAACAGGGUUUCUCACUUUCUGGUGGUGGUGUUUGAACAGGGGCUUCAUGACUGGGACGAGGGACUGGAAUAUUCAUCUUUACUUAUUUUUGAAUAUGAGAAACCGAUUUAGUUGAUCAGAAUAUAAUUUGCUUUUUUCCACGGCAGUAAGCUGUGGUGCUUCCAUGAUCUCUUUCAUUCGCUGUUCGGCAUCGUACAUUGCAUUUACAAGCGGUGGUUGUUGAUACGACUUUUUUCGUACAUAUUGGAUUAACGGAUCAAUCUCGCCAGGAAGUGUGUUGGUCUUGAGUCGAUCGUCGAUUCUCACCAGUUUGUAGCCUUUCUCUAGUGCUUUCUCGAGCUCCAAUGUCACCCAUGUCCCACGAAGUGCUCGCUCGGCGUCGCUGUGGUGGCAUGGUUCUUGUAGAUUAUCGGCACAGGUACGACACAAUGGGAACAUUAAUUUACCCUGAGUACAGUAAGGGAGGACUGGGUGGUAGAGAACACAUGGAGGGAGAACAGAACAUUUCACCAAACCAAAGUACUCACUGAUGAGGGCGAAGUUCUCAGUGAUAAUCUCAGGAUGGCCAAUAGGAUACUCGCCGUAUUUGUUACACCUAAAAAUUGCUUAAGAAGAUUAACGACAAGCACGUUUGAGUUUAAAUAAAAUGAAAAGUUUUUGACAAGAUAUAUACCAGGAGUAGAGGCUGCAGAAAUCCACGUAGCGGACCUUCUCUUCUGGCUGAACGUCGUAAAAGAAGUGAGUAGCAUUGGUACGACCACCAAAGAAAGCUUGUCGUGGUUCCAGAGACUCAGAUAUUUCGAAACUUUCGAAGAAAUCCUUCAUCUCGGGUUCGAUGGCAAGUUGACGCUCAAUGUCACACGUCCAAAUCUCUACGACGUUGUAUCUGUUGUCUUUUAGGAAUUGUAUUUUCUCUAGAGUUCGUUGCCUAAGAUCUUGCAUGGUCAUAUGGUUGAUCGGAUUCACGGUAUCUCUGGCGUAACACUUGUCGCACCCAUGCCACAGGCACCCUUGAACUUCCCAAACAGUGUUCAUCUCAACGUUGAACCCAUCGACGAGGUAAUUGCCAAUGCGCUACUCUCCCUGGUUGCGGGCGUGGGGUGAAAGGCAAUGAGUGAUUGUUUGUUUUCGGGCUUGUAUCCGCAAGGAGGAAUGAUGGCGUCGGUGUUCUCCUGGAGGAACGUUUUACGGAAGACAAGAUUACAGGCAGAGGCAUUGGUGAGACAGAAGGCGAAGGGAUCGAUAUCUGUGAUUUGAUGGAAAAGUUUGCGGAACUCGAAACAACAACGACGCAAAAUGUCCACAUCAGACUGGCAGUAUCACAGAAUUUCGGCUUGAAAGUCGAGCUCGUACUGACGCACGACUAGGUCGUUGUACCAUGCAUAAAACGUUUGGCGGUCACCGGUGCUCAUUCCAUCAGGAUCGUAGAACGUCGAGUCUGGCAUUGAUCCAACGUAGUCCUGGUUCUCAGCACGGUUGAAGAAAUGGGGGAAGUAUGCUUUCUUUAGCUCUGUGAGACCAAACGUUUUCGGGAAGGCAGCCAGUUUCAUCGGGAUGAAGCAGAGAGAGUCUAUAAUUUUGAUGUUCAUUGCGGGGACAGUGAGCGAGAGGAUUUUUGCGCCACGGGUAAUGAUCUCCGGUGUGAUACCAUUCUUGUAGAGGUAUUGGAGAAUGAAGUACCCGUCGUAAGCUUGGAAAUUAUGUGCGAUAAACGUUGUGUUGGCGUUUUCCUGUUGAAAUACCCAAGUGCAGAACUCGUCUUUGGGCCAGAAAAGACUUUCUCGUCACCGCUUUCGUUCUGGACCACGCACAGAUUGGGGAUGUGCUCGCCGUCGUCUUGCGCGCAUUCGAAGUCGAAGAACAUCAGGUUUUGGCCGUCUUCCACGUCAUUAUCCACGGCCACAUCAUCGUCUAGGAAUUCGUUUUCUUCUUCAGCUGUCCGUCUCUUUUUCGCCUUUACAGGUUGAAGAUAACAUUGGUGGUUUUCACAGGUAAAACAUCUGACUUUGCCACAAUGAUGAUCACGAAGACUGGUACGAGUGACAACACGUUGACAUUUCUUGCAUUUCACCAAAACACGACACAGGGAGGGAACACUUGUCAAAUGCAACGAUCAAAAUGAAUGAAAUUUGUGUUCGAAACACGUUAUUUAUAAUCGAAACACGUUAUUUAUGAUAAGUUUACUUUGUUUGGUUUCGUUACUGUGUUGUGAUGCUAGUUGGUCGCGUUACCUUAUUGUGUUUGGUCUUCUUACUGUAUUGUGAUGCUAGAUGGUCGCGUUACCUUAUUGUGUUUGGUCUUCUUACUGUAUUGUGAUGCUAGUUGGUCGCGUUACCUGUCACAUUUGGCCCAGGCUUGCCCAGCAAGAUGACGUCAUAGAUUUUGCAUACUAAUUACUUCCGAUACCAAAUUAGACUUGCAUACUAAUUACUUCUGCCCUCAGAGUGCCAGCUGAGCAAAGUGACGUCAUAGAUUUUGCAUACUAAUUACUUCCGCCGCCAUAGAGUAGGGGGUAUUACUACUAGUAUCCGUUCCCAUCGUAUUAAUUUAGUUUAGUUUACAGGCAGUUUAGUUUAAUAACUUCAUCAUCAAAACGAAUUACAACAGAUGAUAGGUGAGCAGACAAAGCGUAGCCCCAAUUGAAUCUGCCUACUAUGCUGCAGUCUACAGCCAAAAUUCUCUAUAUGAUACACAUUAGUUGUCGGCUUUUAUUUUGGCAACACUUGGGCGAUGAGCGAAAAUGGAUACAAAUUUAAUGUAUUCGUUUUCAAACGAGAAUGGACUAUUGUGGGGGGGGGGGGAUAAGUGAGUGUGUGGUUACGUGGACUUGUAGAGAUUCUCGCAUUGCGCAUUAAUUAGUUAUUUAGCUUAUUAGUUAUUCAAUGAAUUUUUAAUAGGCUGCCUGUAAAAGGAAUACACAGGACAUGUUCACGGCCAUACUGUUGUUCACCGUGUUUAUUUUCUUUAGACAUCCAUGUCACCUGACCUCUUACAAGACUUAAUUAACCUGGAAAAAUAUAUCAAAGCUCUACUCAAGUCUGACAGUGCUGCUCCAGACAGGAAAAAUGCCUUUGAGGAUGAACUUGAAUCUGUAAAAGAGCAACUUAAAAAGGAAGAGCAAAAACGGGCUGAAUUAGAAACAAGAAAUAAGAAUCUUCAAGAUGUCAUUGCGAAUAAAAAAUUGGAGGAAGUAGAUGUGCAGGAAUUACAAGAGGAAGUACAGUUACUGGGCAAAGACAUGGAUAAAGUAGACAUGCUCAGAGCUGGUUGUGUAUCACGUGAUAGUGAAACUACUGACGAGAGUUUCAGUCUUGAUCAGACAAAACAACAACAGGUUGGUUAUUAAACAGUUAUUGGAUGAGGUUUUGUGAUAUACGAAUUUAUCAAGGUCGAGGCAAGUGUUAACGAUCGAGCGGAAGGCGAAUAACACUUGUUUUAAGGCAAGUUUGACAACACUUACAGUACUGUAACUUGCUUGAGUUUGAUAUUUAGCAGUAAGGUAUUGGCCUAUCACAAGACACAUAUGGUGACUACAAUGUAUAAUAAACUGUUUCUACAGGGUGUAUAAAAAAGAGCUGAAUAGAUUUGGAAUUGCUCUCAAUUUCGCAAAACAGCUAUUAGUAUCCAGUUUUUGAUAUAUAUAUAUAUAUAUAUAUAUAUAUAUAUAUAUAUAUAUAUAUAUAUAUAUAUAUAUAUAUAUAUAUAUAUAUAUAUAUAUAUAUAUAUAUAUAUAUAUAUAUAUAUAUUUCUUUGGGUACUUGUAAUGUAGAAUAAUAAAAAAGAUUCUCGAACUCAAAUUUUGUAAACCAGGGGUGUGUGUCUUUUCCAACAAACUAAAAAUGGCUUGCGCAUGAAAUUUAAAGCUUCAAUCAUAUUUUGAGUUGAUAGAUGGAAAAUUUGUUGGGUUUUUAAUUACUGUACAAAAUUUCAGACAAUUUGCUUUAGUUUAAGUCCUUUAACUAUUUAUUUUUUUUCUAAAAAAUUAGCCUUUCGCAUGCUUAAUUAAUGCCUUUACCUAAUUUGCAUAUUGCUGACAUAUGCAAAUUAGGCAAAGGUAUUAAUUAGCAUGCAAAUAGCUGAUUUUUUAAGAAAAUAUGCGAGUUUGCGUGAAAUGUCUGAAAUUCUGUACAGUAAUUAAAAACCCAACAAAUUUUCCAUCUAUUAACUUAAAAUAUGAUUAAAGCUUCCAAAUUUCUUGCGCAAGCCAUUUUUAGUUUGUUGGAAAAGACACCUGGUUCACAAAAUUUGAGUUCGAGAAUUUUUUUUCAUUUUUCUACAUUAUAAGUACCCAAAGAAGCUAUAUACAUCAAAAACUGGAUACUAGUAGCUGUUUUGCGAAAUUAAGAGCAAUUUCAAAUCUGUUCAGUUUUUUUUAUACCCCCUGUAUUGGCUUUAUGCAUGGAAAUGUUGUAUUUACAGGUCUGUUGUAAUUGUGUACUGUACUGUGCUGUAUUAACUACUUCAUAAUCGGGGCAGGUGUUUAUACAUAAUAUAUUAUUUCGAGAAGUUCAUUAUUGUUGUUGGUGAUUUACUGUAAAUAACCAAAAAUGUAUUGGAGAAACAAGACUCUGGCCAAGUUUUGGGCAUGCUUCUACUAAGGUUUGUUAGAAUUUGUUAGAACUAAAAUCACUAUGAUAAAUUACUUCGAGUUGUAUGAUAGAACUUCUCAUGCUAUAGCUGUGAAGAAAGCGGAGUUAGUUAUAGACAUUUGUUAUCGCACCGUGCUCUCAGGACAACGGUACUGUACUCAUUUCCUUCCUGUUUCCCUCAUGAAUUAGUAAUGAGUUUGAGAAGGUGAACAUUUUGCCGUACUAUUGACACAGAGAUAACGAUGUAUAUAUUUGGAGAGAGGUGCAAAGAUUCGAACCCACAUUUGAAAUUCUGUCGAACCUGCAUUAAGCGUAGCCUCCUCUGCAGGCCUCUCUAUGGGUUUUAGCCUGCAAAUGGGUUUUGAAACAUAUCCGGCAGCUAUAUUUGUAAAUUUUGUGUUGGUUUUCGCUAUUUUCUGGUGAUCAAAGCUAGAAAACAAUGAAAAAUUAUGUGGCAAGUGGCAAACGCGUUGUUCGACAGAGGUGACCGUUUGAUAUACAGUAGGUCACUAGAACAGCACUUACAGUAUAAAUUUAAUAUUGUGCCGGUUAAUACAAGUUUGACUGUGCGUUCAUAUUUUAUUUAAACACAUUUUAUAUUUAAACACCCGCUAUAUAACCAGUAUCUUUUUUUAAUUUUAUUUUCAGAGCAUUGUCGAUUCAUUAAAGUUGAAGUAUGAUACAUUAAAGAAAGUUGGUGAUCAACGUGAAAAGAAGUUUCUGGACGAAAGUGAAAAACUUUUAUCUGAAAAGGAUUCUUUGAACGCCAAAGUGACGGAAAUGGAAACCGAAAAAGAAGAAGCUGAGAGUCAGCUUGCAGCAGCUGUAGCGGAUAAAAACGAGAUUGAGAAUCAGCUUGCAGCAGCUUUGGCGGAUAAAAACGAGAGUGAGAGUCAGCUUGCAGCAGCUUUAGCGGAUAAAAACGAGAGUGAGAGUCAGCUUGCAGCAGUUGUAGCUGAUACAAAGGCAGUUGAGAGUCAGCUUGCAGCAGCUGUGGCGGAUAAAAACGAGCUUGAACAAAAGUUAGCUGAUCAAAUAGUUUAUUGCGAUGCAAUUCAAGAGGAGUUAGGUCAGACUAGAAUUAUUAACGAGGAACUGGAGACAAAAUUGAAUGAAAAUAGUAAGAAAGAGGUAAGUUUGAAACAUGUACUAAAGUAUAUACAGUGUAAAUAUAUAUAAAAUAUAUAUAUAUAUAUAUAUAUAUAUAUAUAUAUAUAUAUAUAUAUAUAUAUAUAUAUAUAUAUGCAUAUAUAUAUAUAUAUAUAUAUGCAUAUAUAUACAUAUAUAUACAUAUAUAUAUACAUAUAUAUAUACACAUAUAUACAUUUAUUAUUUCAGUUAGCUGAUUGACAUAUGCAUAUAUAUAUAUAUAUAUAUAUAUAUAUAUAUAUAUAUAUAUAUAUAUAUAUAUAUAUAUAUAUAUAUAUAUAUAUAUAUAUAUAUAUAUGAUAGUUUUGGAGUUGAAGCUGGUCUAAAAUUCUUUUUAAAAUACAAGUCAGCAAUCAAAGACCACGCAGAAAGCACAGGACACAAUGCCUCUAUUAACAAUGCUACAAUCUUAGAGAAAAGAGUACAUAAUUUAGAAAAACGAACGUUCCUUGAGUCGAUGCAUUCAAUAUUAGACAAUAAAACAAUUAACGAACACAAAGAAUUCCCACGCAUGUAUUUAUCGCUUGUGCAAUCAUGUGGCAAUAAUGACGAUAUUUAAAAACCUUGAACUAUCCCAACUGCUCUUAGUACUCUGAUGAAGGUUGCAGUUAGCAACCGAAAAUUUAGAACUUUUUAGACUUUUUAUUGUACAUAUUCUAGUAUUUUAAAAAGAAUUUUAGACCAGCUUCAACUCCAAAACUAUCAUGUAUUCCACUGGUCGCCUCAACUGUAUAUAUAUAUAUAUAUAUAUAUAUAUAUAUAUAUAUAUAUAUAUAUAUAUAUAUAUAUAUAUAUAUAUAUAUAUAUAUAUAUAUAUAUAUAUAUAUAUAUAUAUAUAUGUAUGUUUUGCUGGAAAACAUGUGUCACAGUGCAGUGCAUGCAUGGUGCUAAUAUUUCGUCCAGUUUAUUUACAGUUAAAUAUCAUCGGAUGACUUCUUUGUAAUAAAAACAAAAUCUGUAUUAGUCAUUGUACUAUGAAAUUUCUAUUUUCAUUUUAGCAAUAUUUGCUGUAUAGCGUUCAGAUUUAUUUGAGUUUAAUGUGUACGAUUGGCAUGAAAAGACCUAUUCAUAACAACAUGGUUUGAUAAAUUUUUGACGUGUUUUAAUUUUAGAAUGUCGAAAAUGAGCUAAAAGCGCAAGUUUUCACUCUCUGUCAAGAAAUAGGGACCAAAGACAUGGAAUGUGACGAUUUGAAAGCAAGGUUGGCAUGAUGAACAUUUUGUUCGUUUAUUCUAAUUUAAUUUUAAUUUUACAAGCUUUGUCACAACAAGAAUACAUCAUGACAAAUAACAAUAAUUACAUAUAUAACAUUACAAAUGUGACAGGAAAUCACAACAGCUUCAGGCCAAUUACUGUGAUCCCAAAAUGUACAAGUACAGUGUUACACAAACAUACAGACACACAUAUAUGUAUAUAUAGAUACAUAUCUGAUUUAAAAACAACAUGCAAUAGGUACAGUACAAACAUUCUUGUACAGUACAAACAACAUGCUACCAAUGUGUUACACCAGCAUCAUUCAAAGUAUCUAAAACUCGUGUACACAGUGUGUUUCGAUCCUAACCCUAGUUAUUCAAUAGUAUAUAAUAUCUGUUUCUUUUCUGUUUUCAGGCUAGAUCUUUCAGGGACGGAAUGUAACAAAAUGAAUUCUGCUCUUGAUGAAAUGAGGUAACUGAAACUGUUGUACAAAAAGAAACAAAUUCCGAAAAAUAAGGUCAUCUUGAAAUUCAAGAUAUGAAUUAAAACAAGACGACUGUAAAUUUUCGACUUUAUUUCAAAGUCAUCAUCAGACAGAGUGAAAGACAAUACUUUACAUACAGCAUAUAUACAGAGCAAGAGCGGAAGAAACACGAUACUUUGUCUAUUCUCUUUCUCCAUUUUCUGACAGUCAGGUUAGUUGUUUUCUUGUUGUAAAUAUAUAUAUAUAUAUAUCUAUAUCUAUAUAUAUAUAUAUAUAUAUAUAUAUAUAUAUAUAUAUAUAUAUAUAUAUAUAUAUAUAUAUAUAUAUAUAUAUAUAUAUAUAUAUAUAUUUUGGUUUACGAAACAAACAGUGCGAAACAAACAGUUUCGUAAUAUAUAUAUUUAGUAUAAAUUUUGCAUAUCAAAUGAGCUUUCGCGCGUUCUGAUUGGCUAGUUGACUAGUAAAUCUGAGGCAUUUACUAGCUGACUAGUAAAUAAUGCUUUUCAAAAAGAAUGAUUCGGCAAAUUUGGUUUCAAAAUCGACAAAAUAUUGAAAAAAUCGACCCAGAAAACGAAAAAAGCACAAAAUGUUGUAUUUAACUUGAAAGGUAGGAUUUCUUUAUUAUUUCACUGUUUCAAACAUAUUCACGGACAAUUUAAAACUUAUUUAAAACUCCGAAACAUUCGCUUCAAACAAUUAGCAAAAACUGUCCCGACUGUUGGGAAAAGCCGUGAUAUUCUUUUUAAAACAAUUUUGUUUUGUAUCCUAUAAAUUUCCAAAUUUGUACGAUACUAUUUAUUUUGAUAUGUCAUGUUUUCAUUGUGUUCGAAACUUGUAAAGUAUAAAGUGUUGUUAAAACUUUUUUUCGAACGAUAUAGUUUUACAUUUCAUUUUACCAAAUUCCUCAGACAUUCCCUGGUCAGAAAUUCAAUGCUAAACAGAAACUAUUUUUAAGUCUGGUGAAAGAGUCAUUCCGUUAUUGUGUUUAUAUUCCAAGCAGAAAUCGAGAAAAACAACUUUGUAAUAAAGCAAUAAAGCACAAGAAGCCAUUUUGAAAGCGUGUGCGUACAAGAAACACUGCAACACGUCUAUUAGUGAACAGGCCGAAAACAGUUUUAUUUCUGAAUUUUAAUUGAACUGAUAUUCGGAUAUUUUAUUUUAUUCAUUAAAAAUUUAUACUAAAACAAUAAUAAUUGUUAAAUAUAUAUAAAUUAUAUGAAAAUUUACAGUCUCAUACACUCGUCUUGUUUUAAUUCAUAUCUUGAAUUUCAAGAUGAUCUUAUUUUUCGUAAUUUGUUUCUUUUUGUAGUUUCUUAAAUUGGCGGCUGGCCGUGAUUUUUUAAACUGUUGUGUUUUUCGAAUUUUUACAAACCAUUUAUCACAGUGGCAUUGAAGCCGACAGUGAACUCUUUCUCUUCAAGGCGAACACUUUUGCGACCGCCUUAGAAACAGUGGUAAACACUGGUAGACAGUGUGACCAGGUUUAGUACAUUUUAUUACCAGAUCCGGUUGGAUGCCCUUAGACAACCCCACCUGCUUUAAACAACUGCAACAUUAAGAACAGGAGGGGGCAGCCAACCAAUUUUAAGCAGCUUUAGUAAAAAAAAUUGCAUAUAUGGUCACACUGCUGGUAGUCUUCGCUUUGGAGACUAUAGAAUUUAUACUAGAAGUUACAAUUGCAAGGAAAGUGCUGCCUCACCCCCAAGGGAUUAAAGGCAGCAUGCGCAACUUGCUGAAUAAGGGCACAGAUUAUGUAAGGACAGAUGUAUAACGUCAAUAAAAAAGUUGUCCCACGGUCGCCAUCUUCCUAGCAAGUGUCGCUCGCGUUACAAUUCGUCAUUAAAGGAAUACCAAAUGGUUUUCCAUGCAGGAUAGCACGAGGGAUGUUGCGAGACUUUCGGAAAGCGUGGAAAUACUCGAGCCGCAGGCGAGUGUAUUUUUACGCUUUCCGAAAGUCAAGCAACAUCCCAAGUGCAUGGAUCACGCUAUCCUGCUUGGAAAACCAUUUGGUAAUUGUUUUAUAAAAUAACUACAGUCUGUGAAACAAUGACAUUUUGAGAAUCCCGCGAAAGCACUUUAAUUCCUCGUGCCGGAUAGCCUGAUCCUGCACGGCUAUUGACAAAUCAGAUUGCGUGUUUCACUGUAGUUAUUAUAUAAUUGGUAAUACGCAUUGCUUUCAAAAAUGCUUUCAACACCUUUUCUACAACUUUAAACAUUCAACAAAUGAUGCUCUUGAUUGUUUAAUCCAUAAAUUUCGAUCCAAAAAACCGCAAUAAAGUGCAAAAGUUUGUGUUUUCCAGAACGCCAUCUUCCUAGCAAGUGUCAUGACGUGAGCAUGACGUGUACAUCCAAGGAAAUGUGCGGACACGAAGUCCUAUUAAGGCCCAUUUCCACUCAGGAAAAUUUUCCGCAGAAAGAAAAUUUUGAAGUUGAAAAUUUUCAACUUUUAACAAUGACUUUUUCGGAAAAUGUUCUGUCCGUGGAAUUUUUCUUGAGUGGAAAUGGGCCUUUAAGUUACACAUCUGGUACAUACUUCAUCUGUGAUAAGGGGCUGUUUAUAUGAUCCCGCUUUGCCAGGACGUGGUAUGAGGCGGGAUGAUUUCGAUGUAUUGAAACAAGUCACGGUGCACAAUUCAGCAAAAAACUUCAGUAUUUUCUAGAGAUAGCAAGCAGUAACAAUAAUCUUCUUGAACUACAAGAUCUAGAUCUUCUCUACAAUAUUUGAGUUCUGUUAACCAGCAUUUGAACUUUUUGCUUAGCCUAAUCACAGGGGGCCCCACUAUGAGUUAUGAUUGAAAUAAUAUUGUAUUUAUUUUUAAAAACCUACUUGAAUCCCUUGAUAAUCGAUUAUUUCUUCUCUCGAAAUUCUGUAAACAUUUUAAACUGCUUGGAGUCAUUAUACUAUCACUCUACAUGACGUUUCAUGAAGUAUAGAUGAUCGCUGACAAGUAAGGACCGCGGGCGCGAAAAGACUCAUCGUUUGAUGUGUUCCAUAAGUAGGUUGUUCUCCGGAAAUUUCGCACGGGGCCCCAAUGUGAGUUUAUAGGAUUGAAAAAAUAUUGUAUUUAUUUUUAAAAACUUACUUGAAUCCCUUGAUCAUCCAUUAUUUCUUCUCUCGAAGUUCUGUAAACCUUUUAAAUGGCUCGGACUCAUUAUACUUGACGUCACGAGAACAACCUACUUAUGGAACACAUUGUGCGAAAAAACGCUUCGAGUGUUUCAUGUAAAAACAUACGAAAAAUCAAUCGUUUAUGAAUCUACUACAUCAGUUGUGAAGAUAUAUCCAAAAAGACAUAGAAUCUGAAAAAAAAUAUUCGAAAACACUGAUAAAUUGUGAAUUUUAAGGCAUUUAGAAACGUCAUCUAGUCGAAGUUUCAACCCUUUAGUUUAAUUCUUCCUUCUUUCGGCUUUCGCCGCCUUCGUCUUUUCGCGCCCGCGUUCUUACUUGUCAGCGAUCAUCUAUACUUCAUGUAGAGUGAUAGUAUAAUGAUUCAAGCGGUUUAAAAUGUUUACAGAAUUUCGAGAGAAGAAAUAAUCGAUUAUCAAGGGAUUCAAGUAGGUUUUUAAAAAUAAAUACAAUAUUAUUUCAAUCAUAACUCAUAGUGGGGCCCCCUGUGGCCUAAUGACUUAUUUCAAUACAUCAAAAAUCAUCCCACCUUCCAUCGUGUAUUAAACAGCCCUUAAGACGCCUGUUCAGGAGGUGCACAAGGUCGAAAGUCAGCUAAAUGUUCUACUUCUUUGCUUAUAACGUCUUGCUUUUGUGUAUAUAAUUAUAAUACUGUCAGUGGCGAAGCUAGCCACAUCAACAGGUAAUGCUGUGCACGUUUUUAAUGAUUUGCAUUAUUCAAAUAUAUGCAGAUUUAUUGGCAUGGCAUGACCAGUUACCAUGGCUAGCUGUACAAAAUCAUAUUAUACAUGAUGAUAAUACUUGAAUGAAUCAUUGGACAUAUAGAAUUUAACAAUUUCAUAUAUAGAAAUAUUAAGUCAGUUUUGUCCCAAUUAUCGUUUUAAUGGUACCUUCAAGGCUACCCUUAUUGCAAAACAACUGAACAAUCUGCUGAUGCCUGAUGGGGAGACAAAAUCUAUUUGUUGACAGUUUUGUUUCAUGCGUCUGAUGACACCAUUCAUUUGUAAUGAUUAAGAUUGUAAUCAGUCAAAAACUGCAAAACUAUAUAAUACAAGAAAUUGUGAGCAUUAUCAAAAAAUAUAGUAUACCCUGAACUGUGGUGACACAGCCAGGUGAAUAAUAUAUAAAUGUAGGCUGGUAGGAUUAUUUCCUAUCGUGCUACCAAUGGACAUAUCUCAGAGAUAUAUUUUUACAGACAUAUUAUAUUAUGCUAUGACAAUACAGUGACGUAACCAUGGGAGUCUGCAUACAUAAUGAGCUCCACAAUAAAGCCAGGCGAACUUUAUGCGCAUUUUAAAAUGUUUUUUAAUGCCUUUUUAAGUGAAUACAUAUAUUUGCUGGGCUGUCUAUGGUAAUAUAGAGAGUAAAUAAUUCAUUGUACUUUUUUACUAUAUCGAUCAAUGUUAUUUUUUAUUUCAGGAAAGAGCUAGAUGCAGUUUAUUCACAAAACGAGAAGUUGUUAACAGAACGCAAGGUUUGUACAGAACUUUUGUUUCUUUUAUCACCUGUUUCAUGUGUCAGGAAACCUCUUUCUAAACUCCAAUGCAUGUUUUGUACAAAAGAGCUAAAAUUAUCAGAUCACCUGCAUGGGUCUGUUGUACGAAGGCUGGAUAGCGCUAUCCAUCGGAUAGUGAUUUUUCAACCAUUGAAAAACUAUAAAACUACGGAUAUGGAUUCUUCAAUUAUUAGAAGGCAACUUGAAUUUUUAUAUACUAAAGUUUAAAAAGUCAUUGUCAACUACAAUGCAUUUGUUUACAUCUUACCUUCCGAAGUGACAAAUAGCAACAAAUGACAAUUAUAAACAUUUCUUUGGUGCAAUUUUAGUAUAAAAAGUUAAAAUGAGCAAGUAUAACCAUAGGAUGGUAGUAAUAUAUUAUGGAUUAUCUAUUAUUAAUAUCUAUUAUUCCACCAUUAAAAUAGCCGCCAAGCAGGUUUGGGCGUAGCCUGCAAGGCAGGCGGUCCCCAAAGCUAGUUUGGGCGCACAAUGCAUUGUGGUUGACAAUGACUCUUUAAUGUUACACUAGUCAACGGACAAUAUAAGAUUGGGCGCACAAUGCAUUGUGGUUGACAAUGACUCUUUAAUGUUACACUAGUCAACGGACAAUAUAAGAACGCUUGAAUAAUCACUAUCCUGUGGAUAGCACUACAUGUAUACUGGGACCGAUGCAAUUCAUACUUGCUCUCAAAAGGGCGUGGCCUACCUAAACAUUUCUCCCCAUCUGAUACGCCAUUUUUCAACAUUCCCAAACUACCAGUGGCGUAACGCUCAUUGGGUAGGGUUAGUGCAAAAUCUAAGGGCCCCUGACAGUUAGGGGCCCCCAUCAGCCACGGUCUAUCGCCAGAAAAUUAGAAAACGUAAAAAAUGCAGGUUAAGAAUCAAUGGGAAAUGCAAAAUUAAAUAAAGCCUCCAUCGACAUCGGUAGCUUAUUUUUUUUUAUUCCAUCUCAAUAAUAAAACAAAAGUUACUCUUAUUAGUUGUUACAUUUAUAAAUAUUCAAUAUAAAUAUAAUAUCUCAGUCAAACAAUGACAACAGUGAACAGGGGCGGAGGGGCCCCCCUCACCAAGUAUGCCCCUCUCGCUCCGUUACGCCACUGCAAACGACAGCUGCAGCGUUUAAACGUUUAUACCAUUCUAUGAACUGGAGAACUCUUGGAGACUGUAUAUACCAUCGCUAGCAAAACUGAAAGUCAAUAUUCACUUAUUCCUGCAUAAAUUGUAGAACUCGUUAAUACUUCAUGAAGAAAAUUCAAAAGAAAACAAUAUUUAAUGAGGUGUUGUAUCCACAUACACAAAAUUCUCCUGAUUUCGUACAAACGUUUUUGAUUUUCUCAGUUAAAAUGCCUUUUUUUUUAAUAAUGAUCGAAUAAUUAUAAUUAUUUAUGAAUAACGCCACUGUUGAAAUCCUUACGUUUCACAAACUAUUUCGCUUUCGGCUCGAGUUUGUACAUCUGAUACAACACGGCCGCUCAUGCUGUAUGUACUAUUUAUACAUUAUUUACACAUUAUGCAUUCAGUUCUUUUACACAGCCCGGAGAAGCAAGAAAAAAGUUGUGGCCAUUAGGUUGAUAUAUGCUGACAAACCACACACACGAACACGAACACGAACACGAACACGAACAAACCGAGGUGAAAACAUAUUAACACCGUGUAUAUUUCUGCUAUACCAGGGUGCGAGUGAAGCUGAACUCGUAGAGUCGCGAUCAAAAAUCGACAAUCUUACUGCGCAGUUGUUAAGUGCUGAGGAGAUGUUGGAGCAUAAGGAAACUGAUUUACGUAAAUCACAUGAACAUCAGAAAAGUCUCGUCAGUGAACUGGAAACUGUUCCUCUGUUAAAACAACAGGUUAGUAACUCUCAGCAAACUUACAUGUAUGUAUUGGCAGGGUGGGAUACGUCCAUCCCAGUCCUCGUGUCACUGUUGCCCCCCCUAUACUACGUAAGUAAGUAGGGGGGGUGCUUAUUAUCCUUACUUGCAGCUGAGAGCUAAGCUGAAUUGCGAAGGACACAGCUUAACCUGAUUGAUUGCAAGGGUUUCUAAGGGCGCACAUAGCAGCCACCUGUUGACUCGCCAUCACGGAGCACAGCUACGAUGAAAGGAUUACUUUUUAGGGAAAUCCUAACCAACCCUGUCAACAUUCCCUGUGAUUUUCGGCAGAGUGUUGACUAACUCUUUUCACAUGGCUAUCAUAAGUCGAGGAGAGGGUCCCUUGCAUUGGCGCACUUUUUAAGUUAUCCAACUCGCGGUUAGGUGCCCUUUACUGAAUACCCCACCCCCAACUGUUUAUAAGAGGUCCUGACUUUCUGCGUCUUCUUAUUUAGCUUGACGUCUACCAAGCCGACUUUAAUACAGAAAGACAAACACGACAAAAGGUUGAAGAUGACAAUAGGAAGUUGAGAGAUGAAGUCGCCAAACUUCAUGCAGAUAAUGAACGUUUGACAGAAGAAGCAAGUGACCCUACUGGCAGCAAAUUGGCUGAAAUGCAACGUCGUCAUGGCUGUGGUAGCGGUCCACAGCCCGGGAACGAUAACAAUCCCUGGAGCGGAUUUUAUGAUCAAUUCCUUGCACCACGAGGCCCAGCUGUAGCACGAAAUAGUCCGCAUCAGCCCCAUGCCGAGAAUGAUAUCAAUAGACAGGUGUCGGGUGGCCGUUGCCCGAAAUGCGAUUUAAUGUUUCCCGAUCUUGAUACAUUGCAGACUCAUGUGGUCGGAUGUUUGGAAUCAGAAAGUACUGGGUCAGUAGGAGGGAAGAUUUGCCCAAAAUGUCAAGGAUCAUUUCCAGAUUUGGACACACUUCAAAUUCAUGUGAUGGAGUGUCUUGAUAACUAAGUGACAGAUAUUAUUUCUGCACAGAUGCGAUUGCACCAAUUUUACUUCUAUAUAUCGAAAAUUUUAAUAAUUGAUGCACUUAAAUUCCAAAACAAAGCCAGCAGCCGCUAUUUGCAACCAUGCUGCUUGAAUCAACGACAAUUUAGAUUCAUAUGGGAUUGAAAGUGAAAUUAUGGUUAUCUUUAAAUUGUACAUUGUAAAUUUAUAGCUUGAUAUUUUAUGUUAUUUCAAUAUUUUACAAUAUUCAUAAAGUACUGUGAGUGUAUUCAUCACGUUCAAAAAUUAAAUACACAGCUAUAAAGCUUGUAUUAUAUUGAUGAUGUCAGCAUGAUUUUCAAAACACGAUACGACAAGGCCGUUUGGCCAUUUUUUACCUUUUUUGAAAUUUAAAGAAAUACCCAAACUCGACAAAAGGUGAAGACUAUUGUCUUUUGUCUAGUUGGCAUUUCUUCAGUUUCUCUAACGAGAAGUAAUUUUAAUGAUGGUAUAGCAUGCUUCUUCAUAAAAUUGCAAAAACAAUGAAUAAAACGCUUCAACUUUGAAACAAAAGAACAUGUCCCCCAUAGAAUCAGGUGUUACUUUAAUUUAACUGUGUAUACAUGGCUUUAUCACUUUUCGCCCGAAAUGUAAAAGAAUAGGGGUUUAAGCUGGAUUUCCACUUGCAACAAAAAUUUCGCUUUCGAAAUACUUUGCCCAAUUUCUUUUGAAUACACCCUUUCAAUAUAAUUACGUCACACAUACUUUUUGGUCUUGGAGCCGCUCCUCAUUAAUAAAUUACGCAAGGUGAUUGGCUCACGAUUGAUGAGAGCGAGGCUCCCAGGCUAAAUGACGUAAUUAUCGAAAGGAUGUAUUGUGAGUGCCAAGCACAGAGCUGAUUUUAAAUCCUCCCUCUGUUUCAGGAGAGAAAUCGCUGUUAAAAUGAUGUGUUAAUGCGGAAAUUGAUCCGUAUAUAUGCAUAAUUGGCUAUAGAUAUAAACUUGGUUAUAAUUAAAACAUUUUUUUAUUUUCCGAAAUGCAAAUUUAUAUGCAUUAACUAAAUUUUACCGAAGUCCCUCGAACUGCUUGCUCGGCACUCUUCCAACUGAGCUAGCUGCGAUUUACUUUAAAGUUAGAAUUAAAAGUGCUUCCUGUAUUAACUUUCCAAACUAAAGAUCAAUCGUUUCCAUUUUACCCUCCUUAGACUUCCUUUCCACAAUUCUACGUUUUUCAUCUUCUUCAUCAGCAUCAACUAAGAUAAUUUUUGCAUCAGUUGAAUCCCCGAGUUUCUUUGCUUUUUUCUCCUUCGUCUCGGGUUCUGUAUAACCAUAAUCAUCAACUGGCUUGGAUUUCUGUUUAGAUUUCUGAAUUGUUGCGUAAACAGGCUUGUCUUUGCCAUUUGUUCCACCUUGUUUGCUCGUUUUGGUGAACGUUCCCUGAGUGGGUUCCUCGGGAAUGUAUGUAUCACCAGUAGAACGAUCUAGUUUAAACAGUCUGUCGCCAUCAAUGCUAUCUCGAAGUGAGAUUUCAGAUCGUGUCUUGUCAUCGGCUCGUCUAUAUAAGAGUAAUAGACCUUACCGAUUAUUCUCUUUUACCCAAUGGCCUCGUUUUCAU